AUGGCAUGCAGCCGGCCUCAAAGCUAUUAUCCGCGGGACAAAGGCGAAAUGCGCAGUGCGUCUUGUGCUCAAUGUUCAAGGACUGCUCCUUCUUGGCCUGAGCUAACUAGCUGCAUCCCAAGCGUACCUUCUGCUGGACACACUUGAGUCAUGCGACUUCUUCUGCUCACUGUUUUGGUACUGGCUGUAUCGGAAUGGGUGUUAGCAACCAACCCAGUAGUUGACCCUGAUGCCACCAUCGACAGUAUCCUCAACUGCGGGUUGCCACCACCAUUGCUUGGUUUUGAUCUGAACGGAAACCACUUUCCGGUCGAGUCUGAGUUCAUUAACACUUUUCCUGGUGGCCAGCCAUCAAUCGCCACAAUGAUAACCCUUCUCAAUUCAUUGGGAACAGAUUUAAACCUUGCCGCUCAGGCGGUUUUUCAACUUCCUGUAACCACAAACCCUGAAAUGACUUCCCCUGUGUGUCCCUCGCUUGUCGAUCAACAGCUUGCAGAAGAGAAUUUGUUGCCAUCGGACUAUACUCAAUUGUACACGGAUAGGUUUAACGAAGAAAACCUUACAGAUAGCACGUCGUUGGAUUUCCUUCGACAACUGCAAAGCACUAUCAACGUUUUGGACUGCCAACCAGGAUCAGGCUGGUUAGAUGCAGGAAACUCGUUCUUCCCUCGUUUUAUGUUGACUGGUUUUUGUACUGAAAGGAGGUGCUCCAUGCCGGACCGAAGCGACUUCCUUUGUAGACCAGAUCUCACCAAUCAGGCCCAGAUCGGAAGAAUAUCUGCAUAUCGAUGGGACUGUUGUUGGAAUGGGGUUUAUCAGUGUGGAUGGAGAAGGGUGGAGGUUCCUGUCGUGUGUGACUGUGACUGUGAGUGUGGUGCAAAUGAGUUCAUAGGUUAACCACACCCACCACUGACACUGUUUGCUUAUAGUUUGCAUAUUAUACGUGUCUUGUGUGAACACACUUUAUUGUUUGUGCUCUUGAACUAACUAUUGUCUGUAACUGCAAUUACCAUGCAUGUCGCUAUACAAUUCACAGUUACAAUAAUUAUCCAUUAAACAUAA